AUGUUCAGCGCUUUGUUGACAGGCCUGUACGGCAGCUUUUUGGCGCAUGCGUAUCCCGUUGAGCACCCUGCCAAGUUUUCAAGGCUUGUCGUUUUUGGUGAUAGUUUCAGCGAUAACGGGAAUGGGUCUUGGGUCGUGAGCAAUGGGACUUGGCCUGCUGAUCCAGCGUACUACCACCAUUCUUUCUCGAAUGGACCGAAAUGGAAUGAUGUAGUGGCCAAGCAGCUGGGCCUUAAGCUCAUCAACCUCGCGACUGGUGGAGCUACUACCAACAACGAUUUCGUCGCUGGAGGUACAGGCGCUGAGUCGACGAUUGCAGUGCCUUCAGCUGCAGAUCAAGUUCUGUCGUUUCUAUCUUGGGAUAAACCUCAGGCUGGUGAUAUCUUUGUUCACUGGAUUGGUGCCAAUGACAUUCUUUUCAACACAAGUAUUACUGGAGGACAGGUCACGAGCUUGAUCAACGAGAACGUCAACAGAUUAUUUCAAGCCGGUACAAAGACUAUCAUCCUAGCAAACUAUCUCAACGCAACGACCUUCCCAGCAACGUACAACUCUUCAGCCUACAACGUCCCCAGCGUGCAAGACUACGUCCCCGCCCUGACAAAGGGUCUCGGGCAAAUUGCAGCAGGAUACUCAGCGUAUGCCAAAACCGCAGUGAUCGACGUGCAGGAACUAUUCAACGACAUGUUUUCGGAUCCCGAGGCGUACGGGUUCGAUGAGGACUAUGUUAAUCCUCCGACUGCAUGUCUCACGGGCGUUUAUACGAGCGAGGGUGUUCCACGACAUUUAUGCAGUGAUCCCGAGAAGCAUAUCUUCUUCGAUUCAUAUCACCCCGUUAAAGAGGUGCAUGCUUUAGUAGCAAAGUUGUUUGUGGAGAGUAUUAAAGGGUUCUCGGCUUGA